AUGGCAUUUUUGGGUCAAUUUACGGCAAAUGUUCAAGCCCAGCUUAAUAACAUGAAGCCACAACUAAACUCCGUACUACAAAGUGCGAGUCGUGCGCGAGAUAACUUGAAGCCAAUUUUCAAUAAAGCAACUGCGCAGCUUGAUAACCUUGGUAGAAUUCUGCAGGUCACGAGUGAUCGCAAACAAUCCCCUAUUGAUAUACUGCCAAUUUAUACAGCCUUUGAUAGUACGCUCAAAAAUUCUGAAAUAAAAUUGAGCUAUCCAACAAGUGUCGAGAUUCGACUAAGAAAUGCUGGUGAUAGCUUGCAACUACAGCUUAAUCUCUCGACGUAUUGUGCUGAAUUAUCCAGCGUACUUUUCAAUGGGGAACGAUUCGUUUUGGAGACUGUGUACUUACACUGGGGUGCGGAGCCAAUGAACGGUAGCGAACAUACGAUCGGCGGGGUUGGCUAUGCGGGGGAGAUACAGUUCGUGCAUCGUAACUUACGAUUUGCGAGUUUUGAUUCUGCGCUCAAAGAAGAGAACGGCGUAUUAGCACUGGCUGUUCUACUCAAUGAGUCCCACGAUGACAAUCCAAUAAUGUCAGCAAUCACCGAUGGUAUCGCGCAAGUUGUUUAUAAAGGAAGUGAAUGCGCACUCCAUGGAGUUAAUUUACUUCGACUACUACCUUCUUCAGAAAAAAUGAAGGAAUUCUGGACAUAUAAUGGAUCAGAAACAGUGCCCCCCUACAGAGAAACUGUCCACUGGAUCAUUUUCAGGUCAUCCAUUCAGAUAUCAUCAAGCCAGUUAGAUAAAUUACGCACGCUGAAACGUGAAGGAUAUGAAUGCGAAUUUGAAGAAACAAUGUUACCAAUUCGUCCAGUACAACCAAUUAACGGUCGUAUAAUUCGCUCAUCUUUCCUGUCAUCAGCCCAAGCAGCACCAAAAUGA